GUUGCAAGGCUUGUCCCAGCAGUGUAAGUGAAGUGUUGGAACAAAACACAUCUAAAUAAAUUAUAUCUGGAAAUUCGCGUACAACACGAUGAUUGCUUUAAAGAAUACCUUCAUAUGUUUCCUCCUCAUAUCUGUUCUUGUAAAUGGAAAACACAAGAAACCAAAGCCAAAAAAAUUCGCGUCUCCCUCCGCUAAGGGUAUUCAGUGCUACAAUUGUUUGUCAUUCGAUCACCCUGGCUGUUGGGAUCCCGAUCAUCCAGACUACGCUAAUAUAACGGUACCUAACAUUGACUGCUACAUCCCCGGAAUGGAGUUUCUGUGUAUAGUUAUUACGUCAGAAUCAGCUAAACUAGUUGAAACUGGCCAGGAAAUUGGUCCGGUAAGAGCUCGCACUUGUGUACCCGCUAAGGACUUUUCAAAGAAAACCGUAUCCUACUCUAUGUGCAGUAAGCUAAGUAAAGAAUUGUCUGCCUCUGAAAUAUUUUCACGUAUAGGAGUAAGUAGACCCCAGUGCACAUUAUGUAGAAAGCACCUGUGCAGCGACGCCUCCCAUUGUUAAAAUAUAAGAAAUGAAAAUACCCAUGUUGGAUUUAUAAAUAAUGUUGUAAUUUAAGCCUUACUUUUAUCCCGCCAGCCGAAUUGUUAUCACUUGUUUGGUUUUCACGCCGUUGUUAUUGCUCUCGUUUACAUAAUCUGUUUAAUAAACUAUAGAAGCAAUUUUCACACGAAAUGCAAAAAGGUUAAGUUUUUGUUUGGAAUAUUGUCGGGCUAAACGUUCGUCAAUCGAACGCGAACACUCGACGGAAACACAUUUCUCUUUUGUUUUUAUAUUUCAUUUAUUAUUUAAUAAACUUGAAACAUUUAA